UGAGAGACUUGUUUUCUGAUAAAGAGGAAGGAAAAACCACCAGCAGUUAUCCUGGAUGCUCAGUGACAGGGUGAGCCCAGGCAGGGAGGUGUUCCUGAUUUGCAGCAGCUUGGGGAACGCGGGUCAGUGUGGCUGGAGAGGGAGCAGCCGUGCCCCGGGAAGGAUGGGAAUGGUGCUGCGAGUGGCCGCGCUCCUGAGCUCCCUUCUCCACUGCAGCGCUUUUCUGGACCUGAGUGGCCCCAGUGAGAUCAAAGGUGUCUGGAAGGACUCUAUCACUCUGCCUUGUACCUAUGUGCCUCUGGAGGACCUUGUGCAGCAAACCCUCACCUGGACUGUGGUACAUGAAAAAGGUUCAGGCACCAUCUUUCGGAGGGAUGUCUCUGGUGACCACGUGUUCCUGUCUGAGUACAGGAACAGAGUCAGCAUCCCAAAGGAUGCCCCAGGAAAUGUGUCUCUCCUCAUCCUGAACCUGGAGAUCUCUGACAGAGGAACCUACACUUGCCAGGUCACCUGGAGAGACAGCAACAACAGCCUGAUAGCAAAGGAGAUCACCACCAAAUUGGAGGUUGUUAAAGGCCUGGACUGGAGCAAGUCUGGUUGUGGAAACUUUCUAUUGUUGGAUUAUGUCUCAUUUGGAUUUAUGGCGUUGAUUGUUCUUGCAGAAAAAACUCAAACAGAGCUGGUGUCUGGAGGUACCUCAGGAAUCUCCUGGACUCUCUGGGGCCCCACCACUACUGCAGACCUGCCCACAACAGCAACGACUUCUGAGAGUGGUGUGGGAUAUCCAGGGAAGAAUGAAACAGUUCGUGAUUUCCAGAGGACUGGCUUGUCCCUCUACCUGGUCAUCCUGAUUGCUGUGGUGUCUGGUGCUGUGGUUUUCCUUGUCAUCUCUCUGAUCAUUUGCAUGAGGAAGCCCAAAGGCGCUCAAGCCUAUGACGUAAAAUUCCAUAACUCGAGAGCAGCAGCUUCUUCAAGCACAGGUCACUAUGAGGAGCCCAUCUCUUUCACUGAAAACAACUACGUGAUGGAGUUCAGGGAAAACAAAGUCUCUGAAGAAGUAAAUAAGAACAAGUCUGACUGUGUUGCAAACCCCCAGGAAUCGGAGUAUGAAGUAGGGGACACUUCCUGAGAACCAACAAUGUUCUGCAGAACCAGUCCUGAGGAGCACCUUCACCCAGACAAAAUACAUAUUUCUUUUCACUUUGCUCCUGACAGAUAGGUUGGACAAGCAGUGGCUGCUCUCUCUUCAGAGAGAGUGUAAAUGCAUACCUCCUCAGGAACCUGAGUUACAGACUGCUGUAUAGAACUCCUGGUUCUGUUCUCCUUGGCUCCCUCUCACCACCUCUAUCCAAGAAAGCACUUUGAAUGCUGCAGCAUGCAGGUCCCAGGUUAGGAGCACUGUACUGAACUUACUGCUUUCUAUGGCCAAAAGGACCAGUGUUUCCAGCCUUUGUGUGGUAGGGGGAGAGCCAGCACUGAGGGCUGCUCAGCAUCCCCACCUGUGUGGGGGAGCAGGGCAGGAUGCAGCUGGCUUGAGAAUCAAUGCUGCUUCUCCUGCCCACCUGAAGCUGGACAGAUUUAACAGAAGAGAGAUCUUGUAGGAACAAGAAACUCAGGACCCUGGCACACUAGGAGAAGCAGUGCAGGAAGCAGGAAUGGCCUGUGCAGUCCUUGUGCUGCCCUUGAUCCCCCUCCACAGCACUGCAGAGAGGUCACUGGCCACAGCUCUGGGUGCUUCUGAUGCUGCAACCAGGCACAUUCUUUCUGAGCUCACCUUCUCUGUUCUCUCUCUAAAAUGCAUGAUGGAUGGCAUGAAUAGAAUCUCUCAAGAAAUCCACCCCAGUUAAAAUACUGUAAGUGUUUGGUUGUGUACAGUUAAUGUUCUUGUCCCAUUUGUAAACCUUGUUUGUUGUACCCCUUGUUUACCCCCAUAGUUGUUAGUAAUGUUAAUUACUUACUGGUUGUUUUAAGAGUUCUCUUAUGAGAUGUACCUCUACCCCCUUUCCCUUACUUCCCUGUUCCUGUGUAACAGUGCUGCUCCCAGGGGGCUGUGCACCCCGAGUCAUACACAAACUAAAGCACGCCAGCCAUAAAAACAACGAGCCAGCAAGGAAACAAAAGGUCAAAGAGACAUAUCCCAGCAAGCUAUGAUGGAAAACUGUCUUCUUGCAUCACCUGAGCCUGCUUAAGAGUGGUCACCAUGGUCUAAAGAGGACUGGAAAGGAGUGACACCCCUGGACAAUGGCUCUGGCUGCUUCUGUGAGGAUGGAAGCCCCAGCUCUGCAGGGUGUGCUGCAAAGCUGAAUUGUGACUCCUCCUUGGAGCUGCUGGUGUGGGAGCAGUGGCAGUGUGAGCGACCCCUCGGGCCCCCAGCCCAAGGCUGAGUCCUAAUAAAGGCAUAAAACAGGA